AGUGCGCGCCGCUCCACCGACGCGUGGUGCACCGGCGCGCCGUCGCUGCGUUUGGGGCAGACCGCAGCGGGGGCCGGUCACGCCCGGUCCUGGCACCGGGGCACUCUCAAAGCACACACACACACCUGAGGCGUGCUACUCACCUUAGAGCGGUCACCUGUGACCUUAGAAGGCCUGCCGAACCAUGGCAGGACUGCGACUCUGCCGGGUGUCCGUUCUCGUCUGGCUGACGCUACAGGUCGCCGACAGAGGCCUCGCGCAGAUGGCUGCCGAUUCGAGACUUCAGCCAUUUUACGAGGAGCCCAGGACCUUCUGGCCAGACGGACUCAGCCACAGCUUCCAGAACACAGAUCAGUGUUUGUGUCUGGCCAUGUGUCAGGCGCGGCCCAACUGUCUUGGAGUGGCCUACAAUGUCGCCGGCGGCGACUGUCACCUCUCGGCCCGGCCUCCUAUGUACAACAACACCAAACCCUCGGACCAGCCCUGGCUGUUCACACACCGCGCAGGCCAAGGGAUGCCCGGAGACAAGUGCACGACGGUGGACGACUGUUCCGCCAUGGUGGGGCCGGCGGUAUGCCAAGACGGCGUCUGCGCCUGCGCCGAGAACAUGCGGACCCUGCUCAAUGCCUGCCUGCUGCCUACAACCGGGGUGCCCUUCACGGGGCAAGUGUCGGCCAUCCCGGACCGCAGCUCGCUGCUCGGCUCUGUUACGGCAAACUCUGCGGAGCAGUGUCCCUCGCGCUGCAGGUGGAGGCCCAACUGUCUACUAGUCCGUGCUGUCGACGACGGUGCAGGAGGUGUGCUCUGCGAGCUCUUCUCGCGGGUCCAGGCCAGUUCCUCGAUGAAUGCAGCUGACGUUGACAGCGGAGUGCAGGCGAUCAAGUUUCCUCGCCCCGCCGGAUCACCUCCCGAGCACUACGUCGAAGGUCCUGCUGGAUACUUCGCUCUGAAGAACACGACCCUUCUCACCGCGCCUGACGCACACCGAGCCUGUGCUGAGGAGGGCGGCAUCCUCUACCCGGCGGAGUCUCGCGAACACAUCCUCUCCGUUGUGCGGGAUCUGAUGUCCGUCCAAUCACCUCACCUCGCGGGGGGCACGGCGCAAUACCAGCGUCGCGGGGUCUUUGUCGGCCUCGAUGACACGCUCACCUUCACCAGCCAGCGGUCGACGUUCGUCUCGAGUCGCAGUGGCACCGUCACUGAGCUGCACUGGUCACCCGGUGAGCCCAACUCGGACCAGUCAUCCUGCGUUUACGUCAACAUUGACAGCGACUACCAUCUCAACGACAUAGCGUGCGGCGCGCAGCUCUUCUCCAUGUGCCAGUUUGUCGGUCGGGACGAGGCGGUCGGCCGCAGCUGGGAGCGGGACGCUGCCGGGAUGACGCUGCACCUGGGCAGCGUGUUCCAGCUGCACUCGGUGAGGUACGAGGGCGGGCAGACGAGGCAGGCCGAGGUGCGCGUCACGGUGUCGCUGCCGGACGGCGGCGAGAUGCCGUGCGCGACAGCCGCCGCCGAGCUGGCGGCGCCGCUGCACUUCAGCCGCCAGCUGGUCUGUCAGCCGGCCGUGUUCGCCAGCAGCGUUCACCUGAGGUUCGAGGGCAAUCAGGUGGUGACCGGUCACCCGUCCGUGUUCGCCACGUGGCUGUACGACCCGUGAUCGGUGUGUACGACCCGGGGCAGGUGUUGUACGACCAGUAUCGAGACUGCACGACCUGUGACCGGUGUCGUAAAGUACGACCAAUGAGUGGCACUGUACUUCAAACUAGUGGUCAAUAACCACCGUUUGCAGCUCUGAUUUCCCCAGAGACCGGACGACCGCUUGCUUUUGGGUGCCGUGCCCUUGAUUUAGCGAUAAAAGCUACCUACAUAUUUUCUGUGCUGUGCGUUUAGUUCUCUGUAAACGUUUCAGAUAGUCAUCAAACAGCAAUGUGUUAUGCUAGCAAUAUGUUUGUUUAAAGUUAUCUUGCUUUGGUACCUAUACCAUUGAUAUUGAGAGCAGAUACUGUGUUAUCAAGAUGCGUUUUAAUAAAUUUGAAUCAAAAA